GUUGUUGGUGCGCGCAGCACAGGGCGGCACUGAGCCUGCGCGCGGCGCCCGUGACUGGCGAGGCGGCGGCAGGACAAGUCGCGGCGGCGCCGCGCGGGUUGCUCUCGGCUGCAGCGGGGCCAGGUGCCGGCGGGCCGGGCCGCGCGGGGCGGGGCAGGGCGCGGAGCGGAGAGACCCCGGCGGGGGCGGCCGCAGGCAGCGCCGCGAUGCGCCUGCAGCUCGGGAAGGCUCCCCAUCCCCCGGCGUAGCGGCGGCGGCGGGACCCGGCUCGGCUUCUGCCCGUGAUGUCCCCCGGGCAGCGGGGAAAGGCGACUCACUCGAGGUCCGGGGGAAAGGCCUAGUGUCUCCAGCGCUGCGCCCGCGCCCCUCCAGCGACGAUGGCAGAGGAGCAGCAAGCGGAGCCGCCGCCGCCGCAGCCGCUGCCCGGCCCCGGGGGGGCACUGCCAGCCCUGGUGCCCGGGCUGCAGGGGGCAGAGGCCAGCGCCCUGCAACACAAAAUCAAGAACUCCAUCUGCAAAACUGUACAAUCUAAAGUGGACUGCAUCUUGCAAGAAGUUGAGAAGUUUACAGACCUAGAGAAACUCUACCUCUAUCUUCAACUGCCUUCGGGUCCCAGCAAUGGAGAGAAAAGUAGUGAUCAGAUCUCAAUGUCAUCAAGCCGUGCACAGCAAAUGCAUGCUUUUUCUUGGAUUCGGAAUACCUUGGAGGAGCACCCAGAGACAUCUCUUCCCAAACAGGAGGUUUAUGAUGAGUACAAGAGCUAUUGUGACAAUCUUGGUUACCAUCCAUUAAGCGCUGCUGACUUUGGAAAGAUCAUGAAAAAUGUCUUUCCAAAUAUGAAAGCCCGCCGUCUGGGCACAAGAGGCAAAUCAAAAUAUUGCUACAGUGGACUGAGGAAGAAGGCUUUUGUGCAUAUGCCAACACUGCCCAACCUUGAUUUUCAUAAAACUGCAGAUGGGUUGGAUGGGGCAGAGUCAUCAGGGCAGCUUCAAAGUGCUGAUGAGGAAGUCGUGUCUGCUGCAUGCCGGCUUGUAUGCGAAUGGGCCCAGAAAAUGCUCAGCCAGCCCUUUGAUUCCGUUUUGGAUUUAGCUCGUUUCCUUGUAAAAAGUCAUUAUAUCGGUACCAAAUCGAUGGCAGCUUUAACAGUAAUGGCAGGGGCACCCGCAGGAAUAAAAGGGAUUUCCCAGCCCUCUGCUUUUAUACCCACUGCUGAAAGCAAUUCUUUUCAGCCUCAAGUGAAAACUUUGUCAUCUCCUGUCGAUGCCAAGCAGCAGCUACAGCGUAAGAUCCAAAAGAAGCAACAGGAACAGAAACUUCAGUCUCCCUUGCCAGGAGAGUCUCCAGCUAAGAAAACGGAAGGCGCUACAACAAAUGGAGUAGCUAGUAUUUCUAAUGGAAGCCCUGCCAUCUUGUCUCCUCAACCUAUUGGUAUCGUAGUGGCAGCUGUCCCCAGUCCCAUACCGGUACCAAGGACCAGACAGUUGGUAACAUCUCCCAGUCCCAUGGCCUCAUCUGAUAGUAAGGUUCUUCCGCUCAACGUUCAGGUGGUCACUCAGCACAUGCAGUCAGUCAAGCAGUCACCAAAGACUCCUCAGAAUGUUCCAGCCAGUCCAGUUGGUGACCGUUCUGCUCGGCCUCGUUACCCACAGAUCCUACCUAAGCCAGCAAACACCAGUGCUCUCACCAUCCGUUCCCCCACUACGGUGCUCUUCACCAGUAGCCCAAUUAAGACUGUUGUGCCAGCUCCACACGUGAAUUCCUUAAACGUGGUAAAAAUGACAGCAAUAUCUCUUGCCCCUAGCAGCAGUAGUGUACCUGUCAAACAGACAACUUCAAUGAACAGCAGUACAGGAGCAACAGAAGAGUCGAGGACUGUACCACAAAUUAAAAAUGGAUCUGUCAUUUCACUUCAGUCUCCAGGAUCUAAGACUGGCAGUGUUGUAGCAACAUCUGCAGUUGAGAUCAAAAUGGAACCAGAAGCAUUACUGGAUGAGAACCAAACACAGUGCCAAGAGAAUUCUGACAUGUCUAAGCCUUUAAAGGGAGCCUCUGGACUGCCUGCUGCUCAGAGGAGUAAUUUUGAGGAUUCAAACCUGAAAGCUUCACCGGAGGGCAUCAGUGAAGUGAAAACAGUUAAGGGCUGUGAUCAGGGAGCUGAAGAAGCAAGGACCAAAUAUAAAACCCAACCUAGCGAAAUCACACCAGUUUCUUCAGCAGGCAAUAAUCAAAGCACUCUCACCCUCUCAGUUGCCAGUCAAAAUUUCUCCAGCACCAGCAUCAGUUCGCCUCCUAGUGGUGACUCUGCUAUUAAAGACAAAGCAUGCACUAAAAGUCCAAGGAAGCGACCGUCUUCCACACUUCAGGAUUCCCAGGUGCCGCCUGCAAAGAAGCCACUGGUGGGGCAGCUUUCAGUUGGUAACAACAUGGAAAUUCAAAAAGUGAUCAGUGUUAAGAAGGUUCAGAAGGUUGCAUCGCUUGCUAAAAAUGACAGCACUGCUGCACUUCCUCAAGUUCCUGGCAAAGUAACUAUAAAAGUAAAUUCUGCAACAUCAACACAGUUAGCGACAAACUGUCCAUUAGGUUCUAAUGUAAAUACUGGUGAUGCUGCUUUAGGACAGCAGCUCACAGCAUCAUCUCCAGAUGUAAAAGUAAAAUUGGAAGGGAACUUGUUUAUCUUAGAAAAUGAUUCAAAAUCUGAUGGCAGCUUUAAUCCAAAUGCCUGGCAGCAUAUCACUAAAACCUCGGACUUCACAUCUGUGAACUGUGAACAGCAGCAGGAUAUCAGUGUUAUGACUAUUGCAGGACACUCUGGCUCUAGUGAUUUACAGGAAUCUGUGUGGGAACCAGUGCACUGUGAAGGCGUACAGCAGGAAGCAUACAGCCAACAGUUACAGAGUCAGAUCCAGGAAUCUCCUUUGGAUCAAAUUCAAGGACAGUCUUCAAAUCAGUUACCUUUGCAGUCUGAGCUAAAAGAGUUUGAACACACAGUCCCCCAAUCAAAUGAGAACUUCUUUUCAUUUGAUGAAGACCUCACACAGGACAGCAUUGUAGAGGAACUGGUGCUUAUGGAGGAGCAAAUGUCUAUGAAUUCUCAUCCUUAUGGGGGUUGUCUAGCAAUGGCACUUCAGAGCCAGGCAGCAGCUCCAGGAGCUCCAGUGUCAUCUCAUCCAAGCAGUGCUCACUUCUACCAUUCAGUCCAUAACAGUGGCACUCCAAUUCACACUCCCACUCCCACUCCUACACCCACUCCAACCCCCACCCCGACUCCAACCCCCACAUCAGAAAUGAUGGCUGGGUCUCAGAAUGUGUCACGAGAGAGUCCAUGUUCAAGACUGGCUCAAACUACUCCUGUAGACAGUGCUCUAGGAAGCAGCCGGCACACACCCAUUGGAACGCCUCAUUCUAACUGCAGCAGCAGUGUCCCUCCUAGUCCUGUGGAAUGCAGAAAUCCAUUUGCAUUUACUCCAAUAAGCUCUAGUAUGGCAUACCAUGAUGCCAGCAUUGUCUCCAGUAGUCCUGUGAAACCAAUGCAGCGACCUAUGGCUACCCACCCUGAUAAAACCAAACUUGAGUGGAUGAACAAUGGGUACAGUGGAGUUGGUAAUUCAUCCGUUUCAAGCCACGGCAUUCUUCCAAGCUAUCAGGAGUUAGUGGAAGAUCGUUUCAGGAAACCUCAUGCUUUUGCAGUUCCUGGCCAGUCAUAUCAGUCUCAGUCCCGGCACCAUGAUACUCACUUUGGCCGUGUGACUCCUCUUUCACCUGUGCAGCAUCAGGGAGUCUCUGUAAAUAGCACCACCAAACAAGAAGGCUUUGCUGUUCCUGCCCCACUUGACAACAAGGGGACAAAUUCCUCUCUUGGAAAUAGUUUCAGAUGCCGGAGUGUGAGCCCUGCUGUCCAUCGCCAACGUAAUCUUAGCGGAAGCACCAUCUAUUCUGUUUCUAACAUACCACGCUGUAACUUGACCCCUUUUGGAAGUCCAGUGACACCAGAAGUUCACAAUGUGUUCACAAAUAUCCAUGCAGACACCAGUGCCAAUAAUAUAGCUCAGAGAAGCCAGUCUGUUCCAUUGACUGUCAUGAUGCAGACAGCCUUUCCGUCUCUUCAGAAACAAACAAACACUAAAAAAAUAACGAACGUGUUGUUAAACAAACUUGACUCUGAUAGCGAUGAUGCAGUGAGAGGUUUGGGAAUGAACAACAUGCCCUCAAAUUACACAGCGAGGAUGAAUCUCACUCAAAUUUUAGAAACAAACACUUUUCCUAGUGCCAACUCACAAAAUAUGAUCAAUUCCAGCACUUCAGUUUAUGAAUUCCAGACACCAACUUACCUCACAAAAAACAGCAGCACCGAUCAGAUCAGUUUUUCUUCUGGAGACAACCAAGCACAAUCAGAAAUUGGAGAGCAGCAAUUAGAUUUCAGCAGCACUGUAAAAGACCUUUUAGGGGAGGACAACCUGCAGACCAACCAGCAGCUGGUGAAUCAGGUGGCAUCUGAUCUCAAUAAUGUUGCAUCUGUCUUUUCCAACGACAUCAGGUUGUCUUCCGACCUCUCAGGCAGCAUUAAUGAUCUGAACACUUUAGACACAAAUCUACUGUUUGAUCCAGGUCGUCAGCAGGGACAAGACGAUGAUGCUACACUGGAGGAAUUAAAGAACGACCCAUUGUUUCAACAAAUCUGUAAUGAAUCCAUUAACUCAAUGACUACAUCAGGUUUUGAGUGGAUGGAGAGUAAAGAUCAUUCUGCCGUUGAAAUGUUGGGUUAAUUUUGUUUUAUAAUAUGUAUGUAGCACACUGUAUGUAAAAGACAGAUGUAUUGUAUUUGUCUUAAUGGAAGUGCCUCCCGCAGCAGAAACACUUGCUAUGUAUUGUGGCAUUUUUUAAAAGUUUGCUGUACCAGUCACUCAUUCUUCAGCAGGGAAUAGGCAAGUCUUAUCAAUUUUAAAAAAUUUUCUGAAGAUAAUGGGCUAUUGAAGAGCCAGUAUUAGAAUUUAAAUUUUAUAGCAUUCCCACUUAAUAGCAUUUCUUAUUCUACCAAAAUAAAGUGGCUGAGAACCAGCAUUCAUAACUGGAGUAGAGAUGUUGAGAGGGUUUUAAAUCUAGCUUGGUAUUAGGCAUUCAGUACUUUGUAUUGCCUUCUACUUUUAAGUAGAUACUUGUCAGUCUUUGUUAUCCAUGUCUGAAAUGUAUGGUGCCUGCAGACAAGUAGGUGUUGAUUAAGCAGGUGGGGGUUCAUCAUGAUGAGUGGCAUGUAAGGGGUGAUGUAUCAUUCUACAGCACCUCUGGAUGCUGCUUAGUGGUGAACCAUGAGAGACCUCUGUGGCACCGCCAGAACUAUUUACACCAUGGGUGGGCAAUUAUUUGGGCUGGAGGGCCACUUAGGGAGUUUUGGUGAGCUGUUGGUUGUGGGGGGAUAAUUGAUCCAAUGCACCCCGCACCCACUGCCAGGGCUGGACAAAGUGGGUAAGUGGGGUCUCCGUGGAGACCGACCUGGAACAUGCAUGGACAGGGCGUGAUAGGAGAAACUAUCAUGAAAUGAUCAAGGAAAGAGAAAAAUGCACUAAAAUUUUAUUUAAAAGAAAACAAAAUCUAUUUAGGAUUUUUAGACAUAAAUAUUCAUGACCUCACAUUAAUGAUUUAGUUUUUACUUUAAAUGUUAGUUUUGAUACAAGGAAAAAAAAUGCAUGAAAAAAUGAUUCUGAGCACUGAGGCUUAAUAAACCCAGAUAUACCAUGCAUUAUAAAAUGUUAGUUACUGUUUUAUUAUUUAUCAGUUAGAAAAAGGGACAUUAUACUUGGCUUCCUUUUAAUUAAGAAUGGCUGCAUGAAAUCAUAAAAAAUACUACUGUUUUUUUUAAGAUUUGUUUUUAAACCCCUUCUGUUCUGACCUGCUGGGGGGCUUCCUGUGUCUCCUGAAAACAAAGAUGAUAAAAAUAUUACCUAAUUUGGUUGAGAAUGGUUAGAAAUACUUUGCGUAGAGCCAUAACAUUCCUAGGCACUUUACAAACGCAAAGGACCUGGAGUAAAAUUUUUUAGUGUGUUUAAGUAAUUUAGGAGCCUAAGGGCAUGGACAAAUUAUCAAAAGGCAACAAUUUAAAAGAGAGUGGAGACUUACCAUUGUACACUCUAACACAUUUUAACUCACCUUUAAUUUGAUAAUUUAUCCAUACCUUAAGUUUCAUAUUCAAAGUGAUUUAGGUGCUACCGAGACAAAGUCUCAUUGCAAGUCAAUACUGUACUUUCCAAGUCUCUUGAAAAUGGGAUUUAUACUCACAAGUCACUAAACCACUUUUGAAAAUGUUAUUCCUAGUCUUUAAAAAGAAUAAUGUGAGGGUUAUAAACCUCUCUAAUAGUGAACAGAGAAGGGUACUUAACCAUCCAUGGCUCUGAUGCAACAAAGGAGACCUGUACCAUCAAACUCUUGGCCAAGAAGAAGCCUACUUGGACUUCUGGGCAAGCAAAUCCCUUUGUUGUCUUGUCUCCUAACCAUUGUACAGGGUUUGUACUAUCCGAUGUAAAUUGACAUUAUUUAAUCUUAAAACAAAGUAGGGAGCAUUUCUGUGACUUGCAUUAGGUGACUUAGAAGUAGGGGUGUGCGAAAUGGGCCAUAUUCAAUUCAGAUUCAGCCCGAAUCUGGGACAGUGAUUCAAUUAGUUGAUUCAGUUCACCAUCCCUAUUCAAUUCAGCUGAAUUUGAAUCUGAAGAUUCAAUGCUGAUUUGGAGAGUCAGCAAUUCGGCCAUAGACACAGCUUUAAAUGUUUUUUCUACAUACCUCGAGGUACCAGGCGCAGCUCAUGAAUGCUGUGAUGGUGGGGUGGAUGAAACGUCCCACAGGAGUGCAAGGGGGCCCCCUGCAUGCUCAGCGGCAAACCCGGAAGUGGACUGAAAGUACUGGGUGCCCCCCCAGACCCAGGAGGCACCAUUUGCUGAGCUGAGGAGGCACAGGGGUCCCCCAGCACACUCCCCAGCAGACCCAGAAGUGGACUGGAAGUGCUUCUGGUCCAUUUCCGGGUCUGCUGCCAAGUGUGCUGGGAACCCCCCUGUGCUCCUGUGGAACACUCCAUCUGCCCCACCAUCUCAGCGUUCACGAACCACCUGGUACCUUGAGGUCUGUAGAAGAAACAUUUAAAGCUGUGCCUGUGUCCAAAUCAUCAAAUCUUUCCAAAUCUUUCUGUGUCAAUUUAGAGGGUUCCAAAUAGAUUCAGAGAAAUUAAAGGGUCUCCUGACUCAAUUCAGAGAUUCAGCGACCAAAUCAGGCCGAAUCUCUGCCGAAUUGAAUCAGCGACUGAAGUUUUGCACAGCCCUACUGAGAAGUUGUCAGCUUGUGUAGAAGAGAACAGAAUGUUGCUGUCUAAUUUAGCAAGUCAGGAAAUGAUGAUCAAAUUUUAAGCUGUUGUUGUUUUUUGUUUGUUUUUUAAUGUCUCUUGGUAACUUAUCGCAUUCCUGAGAGUAAGCUGAGAUUUUUCAGUAUUUGGUUAGUGUUUUUAGUGAAAUUCAUUGUCCCGGUACUGCUGUAUGAGCACUCCAGAUGUUGGUACCUCAGUGUUUCUCCCACUCCCUGCAAUACAGCAAUGAGCGAAGGCCGUUCCAUGCUCCCACAUGUGAGCUCUUCUGCAGGGACAAGCAGUAGUGCCAAGCUGCAGAGCCUUAUAUGGGGUCUGAUUCCAUUGCAUUUAAAUCCAUGAAAGUUUUGCCAUUUCAGUGGUAACAGACCUACAGAGAUACAGAGAGGAGUUCAAGCUCCUCCUAAGAGAAACUGUUUCAGGUUCUGUUUAGGAGACAGAAGGUAUUAGAUGGGAUGGGUUUUGUGCUGGUUAUUCCUAUUUUCUAAGACUCCACAAAUUCAGAUCAAAGCCAUUUCACUUUCUGAAGAAGGUUGACCAGGCUGGGGCUCAAGUUCUCUCUGCCCAUGGCCUAGAGCUAGAGUGCUGCUGACAUCCUCCUGCCUCCUUGAUUUCUUUAGGAGUUGUAGAUCUUCAGCAUCCCUCAGAUCUGAACCUAUAUGAAGUGCCAGCACCACCAUGGAUAUGCUAACCCUGUCCUUCCAGCAGAUUUAAAAGGGAAGAAUAGUGGGGACAGAUGUAUGCACCAGCAUUAUCCUCGGGGUUAUGGAGUUUAUUGUGUGUGCACAGCAUGCUUUCCUUCCCUCCACCACGCUGAGGGACAGACUCUUACCGGGGUCCAGUGGAAACUAGUCCCCUUCUAAUUGUUCUGUGUUAAGAACAUUUCUCGGUAAAGCUAAAGUAAAUAUAAAGACUGAUGCUUUCUAAAUUAUGCAGUUGUAGCCAAAGGUUUUUAAACUGUGUUAAAACCAUUUUUAAAUAGAAACAUUGUAUUGGGCUUAAUAGAAAGUAUUCUUUUAACUUGAUUAGCAGGCUAGUAGGAAUACUAUAUAAUCAGUGGAUUUAAAGCAAAUGUGUGUUUAAUUUUAAAAGUUUUUAAUCCAAUAAGGAUUUAUUGUUUAAAUUACAAGGCAUGGGGGUAAAACAUUUUCACUUCAAUAAACGGUGCUAGGGCUAGCUCACAGCUGUGUACAUUGGUAUGUACUAGUUCAUAGGCAUUUGUGUGUUUGCUGUUUAAGAUGAAUAAUCUGUUAGAUCCCUAUUCCAUAAUGCUAGUUAUUUCCUUACUGUACAUUGAGACAGAGCACUACUGCACACCAAAGGAUGCAAUACCAAAAGGAGAACUCUGUUUCUUGCUAUUGGAAGCCUGUCUGUCAGAUACUCCAAAAACAAGAGUUUGAGACGGUUCUGACCCCUUGUUUACAUUACUGGCUUCCUAUUAACAUGAGAAAAAAAUAUUUUGACAGCAUAUUUUGCUAAAGACUAGUGAAUUUGUACCCUGUGUACAGUAUUGCAGCAAACACUUUAAAUUUGGUUGGUUAGUCCAGCAAACUUUCUGGGGUUCAUAUAUUGCACUAAAUUUCUGUUGAACCUGUGGCAGGCACAUUCCUUAGGAUAAAUGCAACCAAUACAGCCCACAGAUAAGAACUUUUUAAUGUGUUUCAUUAUUAAAAGGCAAAAUGUCAUCAAAAGUGACAGAUUAAAUUGUCUUAUGUAGCAAUGUGCAUUGAUCUCAAUGAGAUAUUUCUAUUUCUUAUUCUCUUACAUGAGAAUAUUACAGCAGGAAGAAAUUAAGUUUAGUUUGCUUCACCAUGUUAAUACAUGAUCACAAGAUGUGCAUGAGUGUUAUUGACUUAUCUUGUACAGUACUAGGUAUAUUCCUGUAACCACUUUUAUUUUUUUUUAUUUUUUUGCUGUAUUGAUACUGGUUCUGUGUUAACCAGGCAAGCGUAGUUAUUCACAAGUUAUUUACUUUUAUAUGUUUACUAAUUCAGCUUAGUUAUUGUUGAAUAUGUUCCUUUCUUGGAUUAUUUUUUAUUGUUCUGGUGUUGGAAGACAUUUUUUGCAUCAUUUUAUCAUGAUAAGAAUUCAUGAAGUAAAGAAUUUGCAAAUAAUUGCAAUAAGCACUGACUUCUGAACUGAAAAGAAGGAAUGCGUUUCUUGUGCAGUGCAUCUGGGGUUCACAUAAGAGUCUUGUACUAUACCGUGCUUUCUUUACUGCACCAUAAGGAAAGAAAAAUCUCUGUUCCAUGUUUUCAUUUAGUGCAGGAAGUCCAGUUUUCCCUCAGUGUUCUGUUGUCUGUUGUACUGCUGAAACUACGGUAGUUGAAUAUUGCAGUAGCAUUUCAGUUAUUUUUUUUAUUGAAAGUGCUCAAAAAUUGUUUUUUAAAUGUUUUCAAAAACAAUAAAAACAUUUUAUAUUAAA